AUACUAUGAAAGAAAAAGUGAUAUAAGACCCGCGGAAUCGCGCACAUUUACCCAGUUCAUCGCGAGCUUUUGAAGCAACUAGACAUAGUAAAUUUUAAUACCGUUAAAUGGCGACUAACCUUCUAAGUUGUGGAAUAUUGAAUAGUGUGGUAUCUUACAAACGGAGGAUGAGAGUUCAAAUUUCGCGCGUUUAUUUCCCUGAUAUACUUCGUUCGUCAAUAUAACUGCAGUUUUGUGUGAACGUCGGUACGGUGAACGGUGAGAGUGAUCUUGGCGUGUUAGUUUAUUAAAAUUUCGAAUUAUAUAUCGAGUUAUUCGGUGAAAAAUGGGAAAACCCGAAGAAAGCUCUUCAAAUGUUUUGAUGAAUCCUAUGGCGAUUGCUACAGUAAUUAUUGGUGUUAGUGUUUUGUUAUUAAUGUACACUUUGAAACUCUUUCGGCAAGAAGCUGUUGUUGAAAAUAAGGAAAAAAAUAAAAAAUCCUCUACGCAAUCUGAAAAAAAGAAAGAGUCUUUACAAGGUGGAAAAUCAAAGAAAAAGUCAGCAGACAACCGCUGGGUAGGGAAGAGCGAAAAGCAAGUUUACACUAACUCCUGGUUCUUGUCCUCCUUGAAGGGUCACACUGGCGCUAUUCUGGAUAUGGACUUUAGUAGCAAUGGCAAAUAUUUGACUUCUUGUGGUGACGAAGAUCCAGACCCGGGUGGCCUAACAACAGAGAGCAGCAGUUCGAGUGACUGCAUCAAAGAAAGUAGCAGAGUAUCGUCCAAACUAUCUGUAGUACCCAGUUCAUGUACCAAGGGACUUUCCCGUAGGCAGAGAAAAAACAGACGCAGAGACGACGCAUCACCUUCCGAAAAUCAGAAAUUGAAGAAGCAGAAAGCUAAAAAAACUCUUGAGCCUGCUCAAUUGUUGACCAAGAAACAAGUCAUGGCAGUGGUACCUCUCCGCCAGUUUGUCAAAUUCAAUGCUCCUGAAAGAACAUUUGCAGGAUUGCUUCACAACUAUUUAAUUACUUUCGAUGAAAUGUCCAGUCUGGGAUAUCCAAUAAAACCAAAUAUAGAUCAGAAUUCUGUAAUAAUUUACAAGAAUGCUCGCAGUAUAAACUUUCCAGUUCAUAGUCUAGGAUUUGACGUCAAUGCUAGGGAGUUCGUCCCCAAGAAUGAUUGCAAUUCAAACGAUAGUGGGCAGGGUUCUGGAAGUUCAAGUGAUAGUGGUGAAAAUUUUGAUGGUGAGGAUUUAAGUAGUGGCAGUAGUUCAGAUCAAGAUUCUGCUACCUACUUCAAACAGAAUCAAGUGACCGAGCCCCCUCCUGGUGAAAAUUAUACGAUGAGAACCUGUUGCAGAUGUAGUAGAAUUUUUUAUACAAAAGAAGAUGAAUACAUCACAAAAGAAAAAUGUUACCACCAUUGGGGUAAAUUGCAUAAAUUAAAUAAUCCAGGCGAUAAAAGACAUGGUCAAUUUGUGUAUGAGUGCUGUGAAAGAAAAGUAGGCUCUAUGGGUUGUACAGAAGGUCGCCUGCACGUUUGGAAUGGACUUGUAAAUGGAAUAAACGGGUUCUUCUAUGAUUAUGUCUUCACCAAGCCAAGAAGAAAUCCCCCAGCAGAUGGGAAUUACGGUGUUUAUGCAUUGGACUGUGAAAUGUGUUACACUGUUAGAGGGCUGGAAGUAACGAAAGUCACAGUAGUGGGUGUUGAUGGACGAUUAGUGUAUGAUUCCUAUGUUAAACCUGAGCGGGAAAUAGUAGACUAUAACACCCGUUUUUCUGGUAUAACAGCCAAAGAAAUGAAACAAGGUGCCCCUAAAAACAUUCGUGAAGUGCAAAAUGAUUUGAUGGGUUUCAUCAAUGCUGACACAAUUUUAAUUGGUCACGGAUUAGAAAACGACUUGAGAGCUCUGAAGAUAGUUCACUACAUCAUCGUGGAUACUGCACAUGCAUUUCCCCAUUUUAAAGGACCUCCGUAUCGUCGAUCACUGAAAAAUUUGACUUCGACUAUUUUGAAACGUGAAAUACAGUGUAGUGCAAAUGGUCACAAUAGUUACGAAGAUGCUAGCGCUUGCAUGGAGCUUAUGUUGUGGCGGGUAAGAAGAGACUUCCGAAGUUAUCUAUCACAUCAUUAAUAGGUUGUGAGUUCAUCCCAUCGUGCUUUAUUUAUUAAAACGCCCUUCAUUGUCAUUGUCACCUUCCUUCAUUCAAAAUGUGAUGAUAUAUACAAAGAUAUUCCUAUUUUCAAAAUAGAUGUCUUAAGUGUUCCUUUUUUUGACUCUUUUGUGAAACAGUGAUAUAAUGCAUUUGAAUCUCAGAUUUUACUUGUAGUUUCAAGAGUGAUUUCCGUGAGAUUUUCUUGUGAUUGAAAAAAAAUUAGAAUAAGUUUCAUUUGAAUGACUUCAGUUUUACAAAAACCAUCCUGCAUCUGUAGGAAGCUUUUCUGAUUUUACACUAUGUUAAUUUUAAUUUUUGACAGAGACACUUAAGAGACUGCCAUUUUCAACAUAGUGUUAAAUUUUUCACUUAAUCUCAAAAAUAUUGAACAAUUGAUAAAGACUGCAUUCCCUUUCUUUCUACGA